UUGGAUUUUGAAACAUCUCGCACUUUCGAUACAAGAUCUGAGGAAAAAUUGUAAAACUGUUCAAAUACUAACCAAAUGGCAGCACUUCCAAGACGUAUUAUAAAGGAAACCCAGCGGUUAAUGGUGGAACCAGUACCUGGGAUUGUUGCUUGUGCUGAUGAGGCGAAUGCACGACAUUUCCAUGUAACUGUCAAAGGUCCAAAAGAGUCACCAUAUGAAAACGGAGUGUUUAAUUUGGAGCUGUUUUUACCUGAAGAAUAUCCUAUGUCAGCCCCUAAAGUUCGAUUUGUGACAAAAAUUUAUCACCCAAAUAUAGAUAAACUGGGACGAAUAUGCCUUGAUAUCCUAAAAGAUAAAUGGAGUCCAGCUUUACAAAUCCGAACUGUUUUGCUGUCCAUCCAAGCCCUUCUAAGUGCUCCAAAUCCAGAUGACCCCCUAGAAAAUGAUGUAGCUGAAGCAUGGAAGACAGAUGAGGCAAGCGCUAUAGAAACAGCUAAAUCCUGGACAUGUAAAUAUGCAACUGGGAAGAACAUUAAGAACUGAUGGAUGUUUGAUGUGUUAUUGUAUGAGGGUGUGGAGGAGAAACUGCCUCGAGGAUCAACUCCUCACUAUUGGGCAGUUACCAUGGGAGGCCACAAGCAUGCAAUUCAUUUGGGAAAACAGUGAUAACUCGCCAUAUCAUUUUUGUACAUCGGCACUGCUGGAGGAUACAAGUUAAAAGUGUCGAGGGUAACAAGUUUUAAGCAUACUAACACAAGUAUAAUUAGGAGGUGUUGCUGAUAUAGGGGUGAGGGAGGGAUCUAAUGCUUUCCUACAUGUACAGGGCACGUGCAUGGUUAUGAAUUUUUGUGUGAACACAUGUUUAUGGAUAUUUUCAGUACAUAACCAGUAAACUAUACGAGUCACUGAAGUAUGUCUACAGCCAAUUGAAAACAUGGAUGCAAGUGGGUCUGUUAAGUACAUGUGCGAAAAUGAAAAAAAAAGUCAGGCAAAUGUUAAAAAAAAGUCAGGCAAAUGUUAAAAAAAAGUCAGGCAAAUGAAGGUAUUAUUGUUCUGUUGCAGUAAAGUUAUUAUAGUUUUCUGUCAAAUAUUGUGUUUGUUAUAAGUUUCUAAAGAGAAAUAAAUCACUUCACUCUCUCCAACUUAUCAAUCUGUUAUCAUAAAUUCAAUUUGUAACUGACAUUAACUGGAGAUGUCGAAACAAAAUUUAAAAUAUUUUACAUUAGAAAGUCUAGAUCACAGAUUCUGUUUUUAUUCAGUAGGACAUUCAGUUGACCAUUCAGCUAUUUCGAAGGUCAAAUCAUUAAUCUGUAGGGUCAACACAAUGUCCUUCCAAACCAAAGAUUUUAAGACUGAUUUUUGGGAAUGAAAUAAGAUUAUUGCAUGUCCCAGUCAUUGUCUUCUGGAUGUUUGGAGUCUUCAUUACUUUAUAUAAAAUUCAAACAUCUCACAGAUAUCUGUUACUGAUAUUAUUAGUCGAUACAGUUACGUGCGAGUUACUAUGUCUUACUAAUUGAAAGUCUUAAAAAACAAAUUAAUAUGAAUAGAAUGUAACCUACCCAGUUUCAAUGUGUAACAUCUGUUUGAUAUGAGUGAGUGUAUGUAAAUACCAUUGAUGUUUUAAGAAUGAAAGUGUACCUGUCAAGCUUGAAGACAUUUUUAACAUGUAUUACAUUGAUACACCCAAAACACUAACUUCAGGACUCUGACAUGAGAAUUAUGUUUUAUGUGGCUUAGUGUAUGUUUCUUAACCUUUUAGAGUGUAUGAUUUACCUGCUUAGACACAUUAAUUUCCAAUGAGAACAGCACAAAAAUACGGUGUAAUUGGUUUACUUUAUCAUAUUCAAAUUUUGGUAUCAAAACUGGGAGUACCUUAUUGUAACUAUGUGAGGUAACUAGAAAAAUUAGACUUUGAUGAAAAAAACCUGUUAAAUGAUAUAUAACUUUUGAUGUAUGACAAUGGAAAAACCUAUGGAUGAUUUUUUUUACAGAGCAUUGGUUUUUUAUAAGAUAAAAUAGCCCAGUACACUUGUUUUACUCACUAUCAUCUGUAGUAGAGAGUACUAGUAUUUGAGUAAUUUAUCAGCUUAUGAAAGAUGUAGUAAUUUUUUGAGAAAAAGGGUAGAAUUUUUUUUAUACAUGAUGGAUGAUAUGAUUUGAAAAUUUGUUCCGUGGAGGUCGUUUUGGAAAUUUGUUCCUUGGAGGUCGUUUUGGAAAUUUGUUCCUUGGAGGUCGUUUUGGAAAUUUGUUCCUUGGAGGUCGUAGAAACUUAAUAUAACAGAUGAAGCAUGAAUUGCUUCAAAUGUAGUGACGUAUUAACAUUAACAUUCAGGUAUAAGAUUUGUUUGUAUUUAAUUUACUGAUCAUUUGUAGGACAUUUGUGUCAUAAUAAUACGGUUAUUUAUGAUUUUCUUCUACAUGUUUUUAAUGUGUAAUGGUGCCAAGGAAUACAAUAGUGCUAAUUGAUAAUAAACAAUGUGUCUGUAAUUCAGAAGGGCAGACAAUAUGGACUAUAUGUGUAUCAGAAAUCAAAAUGAUACAUAAUAAUUUUGAAAAUCUAAAUAUAGAUUUAAAGGAGAUUAUACGGUCAGAAAUUCUCUCAUUUGUAUGAAGUCUGAAUAGUCAAUUGUUUCAAUGACCAAAACUAACCCUAAUUAUGUGUUGCAGCAGUGAUGUCACAAACAAUGUUAUUGAAUCAUCUUUGUUUUAAUAGUAGUUUUAGCUCGUAUGAAUUAAUAUGAGGCUAGCUGAAUAGUUUUUUUGAAAUUUGUAGCAGUUAAUCUGAUGUAUGUCAAAGGGAGGUAAACAAGAGAUAGUCUCAGUUGCUAGAUUUAUCUCCCUUAAGAAAAAUCAGCACCAGUUCUCAAAUGUUGGAGGAUGUGUCAUAUUAGGGUCCAUUUUAAAAAGUUUUGUUUUGAAGUUCUCAGAAGUCAUCUUUCAAAUCAGCUUUCUGUUUAUAAUGCUAUAACAUACAAAGCUUGCUGAUUUGAAGCUGCAGAAUUUAGACAGAACUUUAUAAAAAUAUGUGUGUAUCCAGUCAUAAAAAAAAAGUUUUAUGAAAGAAUGAACAAAUUACACUUUAAACAUGUGUUGAGUAAAUGGUUUAAAAAAUGUGCAAGUAUAAUUUUGAAUAACAUUAAUGUUAUAAUCGUAUCAAAUUACAUUGAUACAACAUUGAUAGUACAUGUAUACGUUACCUGUUAGAGUGACCACUCUGAAGACGGAUCUCAUACUGUUAUCCUGUGUAGAAUCAGUUAACACUGAAGAAGGUUCUAUGAUCAGUAUGCUACUGGAAUUGGUGGUCAAUGACUGUUGGUUGUACUGUCCGUUGACCUCAGGAUGACGGACAUAUCUAGAUUUUUGUUUGUUGAUAAUAUGGUAUUGGAUUCUACAGCAACUCCAUUCAUCACGCCUUCACUCAGUCUUUAAACAAAUUACGUCCCGCAAAAACUGAAACUGGUUUUGUAUACAUUAUUAUUAAAAAGUUUUAUAAUGAGAGUUGGCAUGCAUUUCCAGCUAUUAAUAGACUGGAGUAGGUAGCCUUAUAUUGUAUAUUGUACGGAGGAAGACUCAAUCUUCGUCAGUUAUGGAGUACAGGUUCACUGUGAAGAUUAUGUAAAUGUCUUGUGUGGUGUCACAAAUAUGGAGGUAUUUAGAGAUUCACUGUAAUAAUUGUAUUAUGUUUGAGAUACUAGAUUUUGAGGUUACAUGUUUUGUGCAUAUCUUUGUUUUUCUCCUUAGUUUUGAUAGUUGCCAUCCACAAGCAUUUCUGGUUUUGAUUUUUUUGUGAUAUAAUGAUCAGUCAUUACAUGCCUCUUACUGAAUUUGAUGUUUCUUACACAAUCAUUCUCAUGUCAGGUUCUAGAUGGAGUUAGCACUUAGUAUUUAUUCUGUCAAUUUUCUUCGGGGCAAUGACAUUCGACUAUUAUGUAAUACAUGCAUAUGUGAGAGACUGAAUUAAAACUUGGAAAAGUAA